AUAAUCAAUCUAUUUGUAUUCAGUGAAUUUGAUCGAUCACUUAAAUUGUGAUGUCAAUGAUGAAUUCAGUUUGUUUAGAAAUGAUGAAAGGCAUAUUGAUGGUGUGUUUGGUGUUGCAGAUUGUCUCUGCCAAACAGCCAAUUAGAUGCAUUCAAAGAGAGAGGGAAGCUCUCCUUCAAUUCAAGGCUACACUUGUGGUUGACUACAACAUGCUCUCGUCAUGGACCACUCCAGAUUGUUGCCAAUGGAAGGGAAUUCGUUGCAGCAACCUCACUGCCCACGUUCUCACGCUCGACCUCGGAGAAUAUUUACUCCGCGGUGACAUCCACAAGUCAUUGAUGGAGUUGCAACAAUUACAGUACUUGAACCUCAGUUCGAAUAAUUUUCAAGAUAUUCAUAUCCCAGAGUUUUUCUCUUCUCUUCACAACUUGAGAUCCCUUGAUCUCUCGUAUGCUGGUUUUGGUGGAAAAAUUCCAAGUAAAUUUGGGUCUCUCCCACAUUUGAAAUACUUAAAUCUUGCUCACAAUUCUUUGGAGGGUUCAAUCCCUUGUCAACUUGGAAAUCUCUCCAUGUUGCAGCAUCUUGAUCUCAGUGGCAAUUCUCUAGAAGGAAAUAUACCAUCUCAGCUUGGGAACCUGUUCAACUUGCAAAAGCUUUAUCUUGGAGAGUAUGACAGUGCUCUCAAAAUGGAUGAUGGGAAUCACGGUGGAGGUCAGUGGCUGUCUAAUCUCACUUCUUUGACCCAACUUUAUUUGAUCUCUAUAUCUAAUCUCAACGGUUCUCAUCAUUGGCUGCAAAUGAUUGGCAAGCUUCCAAAACUAAAAGAACUAAGUUUAUCUGAUUGUAGCCUUUCCGAUCAUUUUAUCCUUUCAAUGAAGCCUUCUAAAUUCAAUGUUUCUAAUUCUCUUUCUGUCUUAGAUCUCUCUGAAAACACCUUCACAUCGUCCAUCAUAUUCCAAUGGGUGUCAAACAUGAGUUCAAAUCUUAUUGAGCUUGACCUUGCUAAUAACCUCGUAGAGGCUCUCCCAUCAAACCAUUUUGCUACUAAGACUGUUAAGCUACCCAAGCUAAGAGAAUUAAGGUUAUCUGGCUGUCUCCUUUCCGAUAAUUUUCUCCAUUCAAUGACUCCUUCGAACUUCAAUUUUUCCUCUUCCCUUUCCAUCCUUGAUCUCUCUGAAAACACCUUCACAUCAUCCAUGAUAUUCCAGUGGGUGUCAAACAUGAGUUCAAAUCUUAUUGAGCUUGACCUUGGUGGUAACCUCUUAGAGGGUUCCCAAUCUCAUUCUGGCAUAAGGAUGAAGUCGCUUGAGAGGCUUGACCUCUCAGGUAACGGACUCAAGGGUGGAUUUCUGAAAUCCAUCAUGAAUAUAUGCACCUUGCGUUCUUUGAACAUGCAAAGAAAUAAUUUAAUUGAAGAUCUUCCAUCAAUUCUUCAUAAUUUGUCUGGUGGUUGUCUUAGAUAUUCAUUACAAGAUUUGGAUCUGAGCAAUAAUCAAAUCAUUGGCUCCUUAACUGACCUUUCAGGGUUCUCAUCUUUGAAAACAUUGGAUCUUUCUAGAAAUAAUUUAAAUGGAGAGAUACCUUAUGGUACCAAAUUGCCCCCUCAGUUGGAGUCUUUGUCGAUCCAAUCGAACUCCUUGGAAGGUGGUAUUCCAAAAUCAUUUGGGAACGCAUGUGUUUUGAGCUCAUUGGACCUUUCUUCUAACAAUUUGAAUACAGAGCUCCCAAAGAUAAUCCAUCGUUUAUCUGGGUGUGCUAGAUACUCCCUGCAAAUAUUGAAUCUCGGAGAAAACAAAAUCAAUGGCACGUUGCCUGACCUCUCAAUGUUUUCAACCUUGAAAACAUUGGACCUUUCUGAAAAUAAUUUAAAUGGAAUACCUGAUGGUAGCAAAUUGCCCCCUAAGUUGGAGUCUUUGUUGAUCCAAUCGAACUCCUUGGAAGGUGAUAUUCCAAGAUCAUUUGGGAACGCAUGUGCUUUGAGCUCAUUGGACCUGUCUUCUAACAAUUUGAAUAUAGAGCUCCCAAUGAUAAUCCAUCUUUUAUCUGGGUGUGCUAGAUACUCCCUGCAAAUAUUGAAUCUCGGAGAAAACAAAAUCAAUGGCACGUUGCCUGACCUCUCAAUGUUUUCAACCUUGAAAACAUUGGACCUUUCUGAAAAUAAUUUAAAUGGAAUACCUGAUGGUAGCAAAUUGCCCCCUAAGUUGGAGUCUUUGUCGAUCCAAUCGAACUCCUUGGAAGGUGAUAUUCCAAGAUCAUUUGGGAACGCAUGUGCUUUGAGCUCAUUGGACCUGUCUUCUAACAAUUUGAAUAUAGAGCUCCCAAUGAUAAUCCAUCUUUUAUCUGGGUGUGCUAGAUACUCCCUGCAAAUAUUGAAUCUCGGAGAAAACAAAAUCAAUGGCACGUUGCCUGACCUCUCAAUGUUUUCAACCUUGAAAACAUUGGACCUUUCUGAAAAUAAUUUAAAUGGAGAGAUACCUUAUGGUACCAAAUUGCCCCCUCAGUUGGAGUCUUUGUCGAUCCGAUCGAACUCCUUAGAAGGUGGAAUUCCAGAAUAAUUUGGGAGCACAUGUACUUUGAAUUGGUUGGACCUUUCUCAUAAUAGUUUGAGCGAAGAAGUAAAAGGGAUAUUUAGUCACUUUUCUGGGUGUUCUGGAUAUUCACUGCGAGAAAUAUAUCUCAAUGGCAACAAAAUCAAUGGCACAAUAUCUGACUUCUCAGUGUUUUUAAAAUUCAAAACAGUUUGGCUCUCAGGGAAUCGAUUAGGUGUGAAGAUACCUAAAAGCAGCAUAUUAUCAUUAGAUCAAUUGGAGAAAGAGAGUGGAGUUCCAAUUUCAUUUCAAAAUGCAGGUACUUUGCAAUCACUGCACCUGUCCAAUAAUAGUUUGAGUGAAGAGCUUCCGACGAUAAUCCAUCACUUGUCAAGAUAUGCUAGAUACUCAUUGCAAGAAUUAGAUCUAAGCAUGAAUCAAAUCAACGGCACUCUGCCCAACCUCCGUCCACUGCUCCCAUCUUUGAAAGCAUUGGAUCUUAGUGAAAACAGGCUUAAUGGGACCAUUCCUAAAGAUGUUCAAUUUCCAACAGAACUAGAGAGUUUAGUUUUGAAUUCAAACUCUAUGAAAGUUGUCCGUCAUCAGAUUGAGAUCUUGCAAGCUAGGUCCAGCGUUUCCCAAAUGGUUGCAAACACAAAAUAACUACGCCACUAUUGACAUUUCUGAUGCUGGAAUAUCAGAUACUGUUCCACGUUGGUUUUGGGCUAAAAUAGCGUCGCAAGAGUGGAUGGAAAUGAAUAUUUCACACAACAAUCUCAAAGGUGUAGUUUCAAAUUUUCCACUAAAGAAUCCUCAAUAUUCUCUAAUUCUUGCAUCGAAUCAAUUUGAAGGUCCAAUACCACCAUUUCUACUACAUUCAACGAUUCUCGAUCUAUUAAACAAUACAUUUUCAAAUUCUCUUUCAUUUUUAUGUGCCAGCGGUGUAGCCGAUACUUUAUACAGUCUAGACCUUUCAAACAAUCAAUUAUCUGGACAAAUUCCAGAUUGUUGGAG